ACAGCUCGGCUCACGGCGCCUCCUCUCUCAUCAAACACUGUCCAUAUCUUUCACUUUCAGUCACAGCUUUACAGUUUGCUUAAUUCAAAGGCAGCAUGGUGAAGAAGGCAGUUUGUGUACUUAAAGGCACCGGGGAAGUGACCGGCACUGUUUAUUUCGAGCAAGAGGUAAAAAAAAAGAAUGACGGGUCUCCAGUGAAGCUCUCAGGUGAAAUCACUGGCCUUACUCCAGGAAAGCAUGGUUUCCAUGUCCAUGCUUUUGGAGACAACACAAAUGGCUGCAUCAGUGCAGGUCCGCACUUCAACCCUCACGAUAAAAAUCACGGUGGACCAACUGAUGGUGUCAGACAUGUCGGAGACCUUGGUAACGUGAUAGCUGGUGACAAUGGUGUUGCAAAAAUUGACAUUGUGGAUGAAAUGGUGACCCUUUUAGGGGAACACUCCGUCAUUGGGAGGACCAUGGUGAUCCAUGAGAAAGAGGAUGACUUGGGUAAAGGAGGCAAUGAUGAAAGUCUUAAAACUGGCAACGCUGGAGGUCGUCUGGCCUGUGGUGUUAUAGGCAUCACUCAGUGAAGUCCAGCUCUAAUCAAAGACUUAGCUUUGAAAUAAUGGUGACCAAUGUGGAUCCCCCUUCCGUAAGCACUUAGCCCAGUGACGAUUAUGAUCUCUAUUUUUGCUAGUUAAAGUUAAUGUUUAAGGAAUUAUACUUUAGCCAUGUUUUUCCAUACACUACUAUGUGGGUACUAUCUGCCUUCUUACAGCUACAAAGUGAUGUUUGUUUCCUCUGAUCUCUGUUUUAUUCAAUAAAGAUUGAGCAGACUGGAUAU